UGCUAGAGGCCGUGGGAGCAAAUGAUUUGCAUCAGGCAAAGGCAACUGUUUACUGAAGGGGAGAUCUGAGCAGUUAGUGUGAAAUUCUAGGGAAAAAGAAGCAAAUGAGCUCUGAUGGGUGAAUUCUUCUCGCCCCUACACCCCUUGUGCUUGCAUGUGCAAUUCUUGCGGGGUCUGAGGGAUUUCUGCUGCAGAUCGAGGCCACAGAGCUGAUGCUGGCUUCGAGGAUUCCUUUGUUACGGAAUUAAGGUGGUUUUUUUUUCCUAUCCUUCCUGACUGUUGAACAGCCAGUUCCCCUUCUUGCAAGCCACUGAAAUGUGGCUGAAGCACACUUCAGAGGUGCACUAGCUUAGCUAUUCUGCAAUAUUUCAGUUGGAAAGCGAUGCAAAUGCGAACUGGAGCUGUCACCCACAUCAAGAUCCAGAACACAGGAGACUACUAUGACCUCUAUGGAGGAGAGAAGUUUGCUACAUUGGCUGAGUUAGUCCAGUAUUAUAUGGAACAUCAUGGACAGCUCAAGGAGAAGAACGGAGAUGUUAUAGAGUUGAAAUAUCCACUGAACUGUGCUGAUCCUACAUCUGAAAGGUGGUUUCACGGGCAUCUCUCUGGAAGAGAAGCUGAAAAACUAUUAACAGAAAAAGGAAAACAUGGAAGCUUUCUUGUGCGUGAGAGUCAAAGCCACCCUGGGGACUUUGUUCUCUCUGUCCGGACAGGAGAUGAUAAAGGAGAAAGUAAUGAUGGGAAAUCUAAAGUGACACACGUCAUGAUUCACUGCCAGGAUCUAAAGUACGAUGUUGGUGGAGGGGAGAAGUUUGACUCUCUGACAGAUCUAGUGGAACAUUACAAGAAGAACCCUAUGGUAGAAACUUUGGGCACAGUACUGCAACUCAAGCAGCCCCUGAAUACUACCCGUAUUAACGCUGCAGAGAUCGAAAGCCGAGUGCGAGAGCUAAGCAAGCUAGCAGAGACUACGGAUAAAGUCAAGCAGGGCUUCUGGGAAGAAUUUGAGACUUUACAGCAGCAAGAAUGCAAACUUCUCUAUAGUCGUAAAGAAGGUCAACGUCAAGAAAACAAAAACAAAAAUAGAUACAAAAACAUUUUACCCUUUGAUCAUACCAGAGUUGUUCUACAUGACGGUGACCCAAAUGAGCCAGUUUCAGACUAUAUCAAUGCUAAUAUUAUUAUGCCUGAGUUUGAAACCAAGUGCAACAACUCCAAGCCAAAAAAAAGCUACAUUGCUACUCAAGGUUGCCUACAGAACACAGUGAAUGACUUCUGGAGGAUGGUGUUCCAGGAGAAUUCCCGAGUUAUUGUUAUGACAACAAAAGAAGUUGAAAGAGGAAAGAGUAAGUGCGUCAAGUACUGGCCUGAUGAAUAUUCCCUAAAGGAGUAUGGUGUUAUGCGUGUUAGGAAUGUUAAGGAGAGCGCAGCACAUGAUUACACCCUAAGAGAACUUAAGCUUUCUAAAGUUGGGCAAGGGAACACAGAGAGAACAGUCUGGCAAUAUCACUUCAGAACUUGGCCUGAUCAUGGAGUCCCAAGUGACCCUGGUGGCGUACUAGACUUUCUAGAGGAGGUGCACCAUAAGCAGGAGAGCAUUUCUGAUGCAGGACCAGUUGUGGUCCACUGCAGUGCUGGGAUUGGGCGAACAGGGACUUUCAUUGUGAUUGAUAUUCUUAUUGACAUCAUCAGAGAAAAAGGUGUGGACUGUGAUAUUGAUGUUCCAAAGACCAUUCAGAUGGUGAGAUCACAGCGGUCAGGAAUGGUUCAGACGGAAGCACAGUACAGAUUUAUUUACAUGGCAGUACAGCACUACAUUGAAACGCUACAGCGCAGAAUUGAAGAGGAGCAGAAGAGUAAGAGAAAAGGUCACGAAUACACAAACAUUAAAUAUUCAUUAUCGGACCAGACAAGUGGGGAUCAGAGCCCUCUUCCACCCUGUACCCCAACCCCAACGUGUCCAGAAAUGAGAGAAGAUAGUGCUAGAGUAUAUGAAAAUGUGGGGCUGAUGCAACAGCAGAAAAGUUUCAGAUGAGAAGAUGUACAGAGACUUCCAUGCAAGGGCAGAAACGAAUAUGGUUUUUAAAAAGGUCAAGAAAGAGAUGGAAGAAGCUUCACAUGAAUGGUGAACUCUUGAGGGCUUGGUACCUUUUUAUUUACGGUUUUAAUCCUUCAACAGUAGGCAAAACUUAAGACCAUCUAAAGAUUGUUUAUAUCUCUUCUCUCCAAUACCUGAUUUACAAUUGCUCAUUUUCCAAAUAAAAGGAAAUCCUUUCUACAACGUAGACAACUACUUUGUAGAGUCAGUUUUGAAUCCUGCAAGCUGUUGGACUGUCAUCCAUUUGUUUUUUAAAUAGUAUUUUUGUUUCACAGUAUGGCUAUUAGUUGGGGUUUUUUUUUCCUUAUUUGAGCAGUUGUAGAAUUUUAUUUUUGGGGGGUGGGGUGGGGUGGUGGGAGAGCAAUGAUAUGCAUAAAUCCGUUACACUAAUGUCAAAUACUGAUGGGAACAAUACUUGAUUGUUUGAAAACAGUGGAUCGCCAGCGUGAAUAGAAUCAGCUACGUGAUAAAAUUAGUCCUAAUACAUUUCAAACUCAGACUGAGUUUCAUAGGGGUGAGCAGUUACUGAUAUGAAGGUGCUUUUUGUGAUAACCGAUGGCUUUGAUUACAACUGAGCUGAGCGGCUGGAUGGGCUAGUUUUGAUUAAUUGUGCAAGGUAGCCUUUACAUCGGAUGACAUUUCUUUUACGUGAUCUCUACCCACAAUAGAAAUUUACUGUAUCUCUGAAAAGACACAGUGGCCUAGUGGUUUGUGAGGACACUGUCUAUGUUCAUUUGUCUGUGUUCAUCUGUUAAGCAAGAGACUGAACUUGUAGAAUUAAGGUAUGUUAAAAAGUUGCAUGACGACACCGUGACAGCGCAUUAAAAACAGUGAAACAAGUAACCCACUGUGCAGGCUGUUACCUUCCUACAAGGUAACCCUCUUCCCCUUCUGCUGGGGAGGUGAAAGCUGUUGAGCCUUCUGGUUUUUUAGUAAGGCCUUAUGCUAGUGUAAGUGGCUAAAUUAAAGUCGUGUGGGGAAAGCAGUGCGUGGAAGCUAGCUAUUCACUGAAAUUGCCUUAGCUGAAAAGGGCAGCACGGGCAGCGAGGCCAGCAGCCUUGUUCUGGUUGGCUUCAUCAGGCAGGAGUUAAUUACUGUUCUACCUGAAGUGCCUUUCAGAGCUGCAUUGAAUUUGCUGUCCCUAUUAGAUUAAAAAAA